AUGAUGUACAUGUUCCUUUCACCAAUGCUAUGGGCCGUACUUGUCGGCACCGUAUUGUUCCCGUUCAAAAAGAAAGUAACCAACGUCGUACAAGGAUAUUUGGCUUAUCUCCAAGAGACGAAUACCCCUUUGGUGGUAGGUGUAAUGGCUACACCAGUGUGCGCCCUGAAAUCGUUCUCUGAGAAGGUGUACUCAACGGCUAUCAGUGCAACAGGACUCCAGAUUAUUUGUGCUUACAUAGCCUUGAAAGUGCUUACCUACGAACGCACAUUUACCUAUGUAAUCGGAUUUCUUGGACGACUAUACAGCUAUAUUGAUUCCUUUAUUGUAUUUUUCUCGGAGGCUUGGGUAUUUCCUCUAAUGGUGCUGUACUUCGUUGGAUACACUGCUUGGAUUUUUGUUCAGCGCUCUGGAACAGUUAACAAGAAAAUUGCCCGUGUACUUUCUCUCCCGCUAUGGAUAUAUGUGCUAUCUUCCAUCUCCUUGUAUUUUGGUGUCUUCAAAGCUGCAGUAUUUUUCUGCUUGCGCAAUUGUCCUGGGUCUUCUGUCUGCUGGCGCUUGGACUGUAGACGAGCCAAAUCGCCUGACGGAGAUACGACUUCCGUCGUUUCUUUGGACAAAGCCCUCGGCAGUGAUUCACUCAUUAUGAUAGUUGCUGGUUUGUGUGCUUUAUCCUGGAUGGCGCGUCAUGAUUCUUCUCUAUUCUUCAUCAUCAUUCCCUUCUUCAUUGCUGCUGUCAGCAGGAUAGGUUUCCCUCGUGAACAAAUUGUCAAGGUUAAAAACAGCGGAUCUAGAAGUGGUCUCUUCUCAACGAUCGGUGAUGCUGUCGAGUCUCUGUGGAAUCGUGCCUAUCCUCCUCUCAAGAAAGUGGUCGAUAUAUCGGUUGCUGGACCUUUACGAAAGUUUGUCAAGGUACUGUUCACAUCGGACCAAAUGCUGGCCUCAUCUCUUCACUCGAAAAUGGAUGUUCUAUCGUCAGUGGUUGUUAUGGGUUUUCUAGCAUUCUUCGCCCUCUUCGCCUUGCUGUUCGUUGGAUUUCAACUUCAUAAUGAGACCGUUCGUUCACCUUUCCUUUUCUUUUUUGUGUUGUUACUCAGGCAAGUACUGAAGUUGGCUCCUAGGUGCAUAUUAUCCGGCUCUCGACCAGCAUUAUCACUUCUCGACCGAGCCAGGGCGUCAUCAAAUUCUCGACCAGAUUGGCUCAGUGCCGCGAGAAACUUCACCGAAGAUAAGUUGGAAGAUCAUGAUAUUGACAUUGACCAGUACGUGCAGCAGGGCUACGAACAAGGCCGUGCAUGGCUUGCAUCAAACGUACGUUCCCUGGUACCACAGGACAGCAUCAGAGCGGACAUGCUCGAAAAACAAGUGAUGAAGGUUGUGGACAAUCUCUACCGAAUGUGGGAAGAAAGAGAUACCGCCAGGCCAACUGCUGCUUCACCAGAAGGUGAAGUGCGGGACUGGAAGACGCAGUUAAUGUCAAUCACGGACUUACGCGCUCUGAAACAGGAAAUCACCUUGAUCGUGAGAGAAAACCUGGAUACAUUGA